AUGAAUGCCCACUACCCGCAGGACCUCCAGAUCCCGUUGGCCCACACUUAUUCCGGGCGGUACGACCCGCAAGAGCAUAUCGACAUGUAUUACGGCAACAUGCUGAUGUUGGGAGUAAGCGAUGCGGUCAUUUGUAGAGCUUUCUUCGCCACCUUAGUCGGUAAGGCGGCCGAAUGGUUCAAGGAUUUAGAGCGGGGGUCGAUCAGAAAUUUCGGCCAGCUGGCCGAUAAGUUCGUAAAGCGCUUCGCUGCAAGUAAAUCGAGAAAGAAAUCUUACACCUGUCUGAACAAGGUAAAUCAAGCCGUGGGAGAACCGUUGUCUACUUUCUUAUUCAGAUGGGAACGUGAGGUGGAUGAGGUUGAACCAAUGGAGGACCAGGUGGCAAUCCAAGCCUUCCUUGCAUCACUGUGUUCUGGGGCGCUCUACUACGACCUCAUAGUUAAUCCCCCCCGAACCUAUGAGGAGGCCAUCACCAGAGCUAAACAUCAUGCAGACGCCACCGAAGCCAACAUGGCAAAGAGACGUGAUGAGCAGCCGGCCAAUCGGGACAGAGGCCAUGAUCAGAGGAAAAAUAAACCACCGUUCAAACACGUCAAACAACAUAAUCGACCAGAUGACGUACCACGUUUCACUCCGUUGAACAGACCCCUGGUGGAUGUUUUGCAGUUUGCCGAGCAAUGCAACCUGAUCCACCCGCUAGAGCCGGUACCUGAGGGGGAGGACAAAAGCAAGUAUUGUGCUUUCCAUAGAGUCAAAGGACACAAUACUUCGGAGUGCAUGGCCUUGCGCAUGCUCAUUGAACAACUCAUUCAGAAUGGAGAGUUGGGGCAAUUUGUGAUGAAGGGGGAUAGAAACAAAGGAAAAACGGAGAGGAAUGUGUGGAAAAGGAAUCCCGAAAAGAACAACAAGGCAUUCGUCCCACCCGGAUCAGCUGACGAGAAGGCGGUCGGAAAGAAACCAGUGAUCCACGUCAUCUACGGGGGCCCUGAAGGAGGUGAUUCUUCGCGCCAAAGGAAGCAGUGGGCGAGGAACUCAUACGUUGGGACGAUCCACUCGGAGCCCCGAGAGAAGAAGAAAUACGUUGGGACGAUCCACUCGGAGCCCCGAGAGAAGAAGAAGCGUACAGAGCCAAUAUCUUUCACUCCCCGAGAGAAGAAGAAGCGUACAGAGCCAAUAUCUUUCACUGACGAUGAUCAGAAGAAGCGUACAGAGCCAAUAUCUUUCACUGACGAUGAUCUACCACUCCAUGCAGAGCCAAUAUCUUUCACUGACGAUGAUCUACCACUCCAUGGGGAAGCCCAAAAUGACCCGCUCGUCAUCACACUAGAUGUCAGCGGAACGGAUGUUCAGCGGGUGCUGGUUGACACAGGGAGCUCGGUGAACAUUUUAUACUUUGAUGUCUUUACACAAUUGGGUUUGUCCACCGAUCGGUUAACCCCCAUUCGGACCCCGCUGUCUGGUUUCACGGGCGACUCCAUAGAAGCAGAGGGAGUCAUCCGCUUGGACGUGGAGUUGGGCAGCCAACCGAACGUAUUGAAGACUACCAUGGACUUUGUGGUAGUGAAAUUGAAGUGUGUUCACAACGCCAUACUUGGACGACCAGGCAUCACUCGCGCAGCUGCUGUUAUAUCCAUGAGCCACUUGUGCAUGAAGUUCUAUACACCUAAUGGAAUUGGAGUGGCCCGAGGAGACCAACGUGCUGCUCGGCAAUGCUACGUGCGAGCGGUCAAGCAGUCGGACCGGGAGGAAAGCAGGAUUCACACCAUAUCCCAGCAGGUCGACCAUGGAGAGCUGAAGGAAAAACCACAACCUGCCUCAGAAUUGGAAGAAAUCAUACUUGACUCCGACCGACCCGAGAGAGUAGUCAAGAUCGGUCGAGGACUCCCUGUCGACCUACGUGAAGACAUCGUUGGAGUGUUGCAGAGAUACAAAAAUGUUUUUGCUUGGGGACCGGAAGACAUGCCCGGGGUUGAUCGAUCUGUCAUUUGCCACCGCUUAUCAAUCCAGCCAGGUUCGAAACCGGUCAAGCAAAAGAAAAGGCACCUGUCGAGUGAAAGAAGGGAAUUCGUGAAAAAGGAGACCGCCACCCUCUUGGCGGUAGGGCACGUCCGAGAGGUUCUCUACCCGGAAUGGUUAGCCAACGUAGUCCUUGUGCCCGAAGGAUCCAUAUCCCUUACCAAAUCCCGACCAGAUGGUUGA